UUUCUCUCUUCUCUUAGCCUACGUAAUAUCUCGUCUUUUCCGAAUUCUUAUUUUACUAGAUUGGACAGGGAAAAUGAACAGGCCAGGGGACUGGAAUUGCAGGUCGUGCCAGCACUUGAACUUCCAGAGGAGAGACUCAUGCCAGAGGUGUGGAGAGGCAAGGCCCGGAGAUUAUGGCAGUUUCGGGCUGGGGAGGGCCGCCGCCGGCGUUGGGCCGGACGUCAGGCCCGGCGACUGGUACUGCGCUGUCGGGAACUGCGGGACCCACAACUUCGCCAGCCGCUCCAGCUGCUUCAAAUGCGGCGCCUUCAGGGACCUUGAUUAUUCUUUCGGCAGCGGUGAGGUGGCCGCCGGCGACUAUAUGUCGCGUCAGAGAGGAGGCUAUGGCUUCGCCGGCGGCAGCCGCUCUGGCUGGAAGUCCGGCGACUGGAUUUGCACUAGGCCAGGGUGCAAUGAGCACAACUUUGCAAAUAGGAUGGAGUGUUUCCGAUGCAAUGCACCUCGUGACUCCGGUAACAAGUCCUACAAUUUCUGAUGAAUUAUUAAUAUAAUAAUUCAUCAUUGAUUCUCAAUUUCUAGGUUUCGCAUCUAAGAGAGAAUCAAGAAAGGCGAUUCAGUCAAGAAAUGAUUAUUAGAGCUCAUGCCCUUUACUGCCAACAUUAUUGUUUUCCCUAGUUUUUUGUUCCUUUUUUUUUUUUUAAAUUUCUAAUUUUUUAAAAAUUAUAUUAUUCUAUAUAUCUUCUAGCUAGGCAGCUUUAGACUAUUUUAUCACCAAAAAGAGUGAGGAUCUGAAACUGAGUUGUACCUUUUAAUUAUGCAUUUGUUUACUUCAUGUAGUGGAAGUGUCAAACACAACUAGCUUUUGUACUUCUGCUUGUUUCACUUUAUUUAAUAUUAGUCAGUGUUAUUAAUUAAAA